AAGCUGCUGCCAGUGGUGUCUGACAGCCUCAUUAUCAUCAUCUUGGCUUGAGGGAAUUACCAUCCACCUUCGACACACAGGCAAACUGCAGUCAGUGGAAUUAAAUUAUAGUGCAAAAGAGGGAUCAGAAGUCCUCCAUCAACAAGUCAGUUAGAAGAAAACUGGACUGUUAUCAUUUAUUAGUGGACUUUAAGUGUGAGAUGCUUCUAUAUUUAAACACCUUGGUGCUGCUCCUCCUGCAGCCGGCUCUGUCAAGCCCACUGACCACAGCUUCAAGAGGAUAUACCACCAUAUCAAAAAUCACACCGAGUCAGCCGGCUGUAGAUUUCAAUGCCACCACUCUGGCUGUUGGAGAACCAUGUGGGGUGUACACUCUGAGCUGCGCCAAUGGUCUGCGUUGUGCUCCUCCAGAGGAUGAACCCAGGCCCCUGCGAGCCCUGCUGGAAGGCAGGGGGGUCUGCAAUAACACCAACAGCAUCAGCCCCACUGAAACUGUCCACACUGAAGACCCUGCAACCACUGAGGAUCCAGAUGAGGCGCCGUGUCGUAAACUGCUAACCACCCUUAUCAAAGGUCUUGAUGCUCAUUUAUUUAAGUCGCAUCAUGAUAUCUACAUGCCCAACUGUGACAAACGUGGUUUCUUUAGAAAGAAGCAGUGUUGGUCUUCUCGAGGAAAGCGGCGUGGCAAAUGCUGGUGUGUGGAUAGGAAUGGCAUGCCAGUCUCAAACACUAAACAAACGGGCGGCCUGAAUUGUUAAAAUGCGUGAAGCCUGGACUGAAGCUUCAUUACCGAUACGAGAUGAAGAUGAAGGAACACCACACAGAGUCUAAAGGAGCUCAGCACAGUCUCACAUUUCAUUCUCCAGCCACCAAUGAAAAGCUGUUUCCAAAUCAGGUGCAACUUUGUCUCCUUGCGCCCUCUACUGAACAUGUUGUAUUGAUUAGACAUGACUUUCACGUCUACUUAUAGAGGAUUUAGACUAUAUCAAAUUUAUAUCGACAUGUUAAAUUAUCCCGACAAGAGUCACAUUGUAAGUUGCAGAGAGUGAACUUACAGUUUGGACCACAUACUCAAGUUGUUCCUCUUUGUGUUUCAACAUUUAAAUUACAUGUUGAAACCAUUAUUCAUUCUAAUCAUUAAUUCAUAUUUCAUGCCAUUAACCACUUUUCAGGAACAUUAUAAUUGGAUCAUUGUAUCAUAUUUAUACAUGUAUUUUCUGUUUUCACUUUGAAACCACUGUAAUUAUAUUAUUGUAAUUUCUGUACAUAAUCUCUAGAUGCAAUCUUAUUUAUGUUAUUUUAAAUAUGAUAUUAUUAUUUAUGUUACUAUUCAUUUGAAUAAGUGAUUUAUGAGCGCUUGCCUAUAAGGGCAGACACCCAUGGUAUUGUUUGGAAAAACCUGAAUUUAUAAUGCAGAAUAACAUGAGGGCAUUAUUAUUAUGAUUUUCUGUUUGAGCAUUCAUGAAGAACAAUGAGAGGAGGUGCGUUUAAGAAAAGGUUAAAACUGACACUGAUGGGCAGUAUUUCAAAAACGCCCAUGAAAGACUUGCUGUGGAUGCUUUGUUGGUUUCAUGUCUUUAAAGAACCUUUUGUUAAUUUUUUUCUUUUUUAAUAAAAAUUACUUUGCCCAAGAAAUAAAUCUAUCUAAAGUAAAUCAUCUAGUGCUUAAAACAUCACGAAUAGAGCCCCAAGCUCCUUUACAAAUUUGAAGAUACCUUCAACUUUGUGUCAUUUCUUUUUGACUGGACUGGGAAAGGUCUUAAUAUCGCCAUAUUGGCUGAAAAUAAACAUAUUUAAAAGAAAUAUCUUUUGUUGUAAUAGUCGCCUACUGAAACUCGGUAGGGUUGAAAGAUUCAAAACCUUGUUGGAGCAGCCAUUUAUUUUUUACACAUUUUAAACAAGGGGUAUUUUUGAUAUCUCAUAUUGAACCAAUCAUAAACAAGCAACUAUAACACUGCACACGCUCUGUGGUGAUCCCUCUCUGCCUGCCAACAGACUAACUGAGGUCUCAUACUUGUCAAAGUUAUGUUUUUGUAUUUGUAUAAAAAUGUAAUUAAUUAAACCGUUUUUAUUAAAGUGGAAUUAAUUGUUAAACUGA